GAUAUCAACCGUGCUAUUGAGCUGAUAGACAAGCUUAAAGGCAGUAAGUUGAUAGUAAAGUUGGUAUAUAUCUGUUUGAGAAAAUGUCAGUGAUCUAGAUUUUCUUUUCAAUUCUCUGUUCCUUCGAUAUCUAUCGGAACCUUUCCACUACUUCCGUGCAUAAUGUUUUUCCUGAGCAGUACUAGCCUCAUUCAAGCCUCGGUCAUCCAUCACAUUUUUUCCUUAGACAAGGAACUUUUACUUCACUUUGGCUCUGAUCUCCCAGGACCCAGUUGUUCCAACGCCAGUUAGCAGUAACCCGGGGACGGGGGUUAAUUUUAACCUGGGUUUAUUUUUCUUUUUAUCAAAAGCACUCUUUUGGAUAAUUUGCUCUAUUCUUUUUAGAGUGUCCACUCACCAAAUUGUAGGCAAAGAGAAUUGAAGUAAUUUGCUUUUAAAGCUCUCAUAUCUGAGUUCAAAUUUCACACCAACCCCGGGUUAUCUUAACGCAGCUUCAAACAACCUGGCCCAGGUGUGUAAACAGGUACUGGUGACAUACUGCUGGGAGGGGGGGUUAACCCUGCGAUGGACUAGUAUCCUCUCCUGGGGGAGUAGCAUUGUCCUAAGCAUGCUUCGUGCUAAGGAAACCGGGAUAAGCCAGGGUCUUCAUUAAGCAUCAGAGAUGGGAGAAUUCUCUGUUUACUAAGCUAAAUUCUCCGGCUAACGUUUGGUAGCCUAUGACUACUUUUUAUUCAGACAUGGAGCCUUUUUCAAAGUAUUCUCCGGUAAUGUUACACCUUUCUCCUGCUACUAGAAUUCUUAAUGAAACCCCUGAUAAGCUCUGCCCUUUGGGCCCUUGUGUUUCUUCACCUUUUUUACACUGUAUUAUUUUACUCAUGCAGACUAUCAGCAAUAAUAGGUUAGUUGAUUCACCAGGAUCCUUUUAAAAUUCCAGCCCCUUUACAGUCAUAUUUGGCGACAGUCAUCUUAGAUAUUGGAGCUGCUAUAAGCUGAGAAAUCUCUUUCUAGCAUAUUUGAAGCCAUAAAAUUAUCUAUCUUUGCAACAGAUAUUUGAUUUUAUGAAAUCAUGUUAUUUAUUUUUUUGUUGUUUCAGGUGGGGAGAUUCCUCCUAAAAAACUCCAGGCCUUACAGAAAGUAUUGCAGAGUGAAUUCUGUAAUGCUAUUCGAGAGGUAUGCAACAGUAAAACGUACUGAUCUAUCAGAAGAACUGAGUAAGGUGUGGUUGUGUCCUUAAUAUCAAGCCUUACAAUGGCUCUAGAGUUUUAGCAUUGAUAUUACCAGAAGGAAAAGUGGGUUUCCUGUUGAAGAUAACUGGGGCUUAAUAGCUCUCUCUCUCUCUCUCUUCCAAAGUCAACCCAGAGACUUGUAUAUUGUCAUUGUGUUCACAGUUUGUGGAUGAGAUCCUAGUUUGGGACCUUUUAGAUGAAAGCUAAAAUAUUAAUGGAGAAGUACUGUUCAUUGUGUGGUAUAAGAUGGUUUUAACUGUUGAGCCUUACUGGAGAACUCUAGCAUAUUUGUAUCAUGUAUGCCAUAAGUCAAAAUUUAAUUCAGGCAAAAUUUUUUUAACCUAGGCUGAUUCCCUAUUGCCUUUGUCUCCUAACCCUGAUUAUUCAUGAAUUAGGGCUAGGAGACAAAAAAAAUUGAAAACUAUCUCUAGGUUAAAAAUAUUAACCUGAAUAGAAUUUUGACCUGUAACAUUUAUAAUAUUUAAUAGUAGUUUUAUAGUAUUUUGUUUCCAUCACAGCUUCUUAUAAAACAUCAUUGUAGUACAUAUCGCAUUCUUGUGUGUUAAAACGUGACGUUGCAGUUUUAACUCUAUUUUUUCAAUUUUUGUCAGGUUUAUGAGCAUGUCUAUGAGACUGUUGACAUCCAAGGAAAUCCUGAAGUACGCGCCCAAGCUACAGCAAAGGUCGGAUUACUUGUUCACAUUAUACAACUUCCACUAACGGCUACCUCUCUACAACAGCCGCCUCUCUACAAUGGCCAUUUUGUUUGGCAGACAGUCCAUACAUUAAUUCUUUUUUCAACCUCUCUACAGUGGCCACUCCUUCACAAUGGCCACCUUCUUCUGUCCCCAAGGUGGCCAUUGUAGAGAAGUUCAACUGCAGUCUCUGAGUUUGGUUGAGAGAGUUAAGUCAUGAUCACUCCGGCUCUAUAACUUAACAUUUCCAUGAUUUUCAUGUUUUCUUUACCAGGCCACUAUUGCUGCUUUUGCCGCAAGUGAAGGUCAUGCUCACCCUCGUGUUGUUGAACUUCCCAAAGUAAGUAUCUGGGUGGUUUCAUGGUGUUUUGAUGGUGCAAUGACCAAAAUAAUGGUGUACUGUAAUAGAAAAGACUGGAAAAAAAAACGUACCACAUCAUAAUGCAGUAGGUAACCAAUGAUUAUUGUCUUGUCCAAAACACCUAAAAACAUCCCUUAUCUAGAAAUUUAGGACAGUCAAAUGUCGAUAUAAAGAAGCUCUCCUUCUACCAAGCAGUCACAUCUCAUAUUAUUUAAGGAGAGCAAGGGCAGCGCAGUGGCUGGAGCACUCCCCUCCCCUCAGUGUGGCCCUGGUUUAAAUCCUGGCAUUGAAGCCAUACGUGGGUUGAGUUUGUUGUUGGUUCUCCCCUUUGCUCUCAGAGGUUUUUGUCUGAGUACUCUGCUUUUACCCUUUCCUCAGAAACCAAAACUUCCAAAGUCCAAUUCGAUCUCAAAUGCACAGAUAUGUUUAAAUGAGUUCCUAAGAUCUCAUAAGUGCUUUGUUCGUAAACAAAUUACAAAAAAAAAAAAUGUAAAUUUGGAAUCUAUUGAGCAUUCACCUCUAUUUAAGGGGGUACAGUCAACUGGUAGACUUUCCAAUUGGCUUUUGCUAUAGUUGUAUUUCUCUAUUAAAGUGGUAUUAGGUAGAUGGAUAGCAGUGUGAUCUUUUGACACAACAUUAAACAAAGCAUGUUUGCUUUCUUCAAAAAGCUCAUAAAACAUGCAUGAAGUCACUGAACAAAUGCUGUGUUGGGAUGACAUGCCAAGUACAUGGGAUUAACCCAGUUUGCAACCCAAGGGCUUAAAUUUAAGAAGAGAAGGCCAGACCAAAGUGACUGGCAAGCUAGAGGGAGAAUCCGUAUUGUCUGUGCUAGCACCUAACCAAACUGAAUACUGGAAUGGUCAAUGACUGAUGAGUCAGUCUACUCGUUCAAACAAACUUUGAUGGUACAUAAUGUAUAAUGACAAGAUGAUCACCUAUAUCAUCUGAUCCAUGCAAUUUUUGAGUAAUUUCUACUUUGACUUUUAUCAUAAAAACAUGAUAAAAUUAUUGUAAGUGGUCAAACUCUAUUAUAAAUAUGGUCACCUAGCAACAUGUACAUGUACUUUCCAAGAGUGACUGCUUAAUAGAGGUUUGACUGUAAGUAUUUCUUUUGCUAGUAACAUUAUUUAAUACAAUCAAAUUUCUUCUAGACAGAGGAAGGUCUUGGUUUUAAUGUAAUGGGAGGCAGGGAGCAGAACUCUCCUAUCUACAUCUCUCGUAUUAUCCCAGGUGGAGUUGCAGAUAGGUAUGUAGCAACUCAGGGCUCAAAAAAUGCCAAAUCUGGUUGUCUGGGACACGAAGAUUUGUUUUUGUGUGCUGAUUGGUUGAGAGCAGGGUUGUCACUAAGAUUUCAAGUUGCCGGGUAAAUACAACAAGUAGGCGGGGAAUCAAAUGGCUUGGGAUUUCUUUUGCUUCUAUUUUUCUUCUAUUUUCCAAUAAAAGUAGCCGGGGGCCACUCCCUUAGUAGCCGGGGAAAAUCCCCGGCCCCCGGCUCUUAUGACAACCCUGUGAGAGCUAUGUUCGAUAAGAGUACAGACCAUGGAAAUGAUGUGAUGGUGGCACAAUUUGUUUUUCUCUUUCUUUUGCGCAAGAUUUUUGCAGUGAAACCUGCAGUUUGUGGUUUCAGUUGGGUUUUGAACAUUUUGACUUCAUUUCUAUGGCCAAUAAGAGUACAGACUAGGGAAAAUAAAUUAUUGAUGUCAAUUUGUUAAUUUCCUGCCAGGCAAGAACUUUACAUGCUUACUUACCCAAUUGGCAAUUGCCCAGACAAUUCGUUUUUUUAGUUAGUUCGUAAAAGCAAAUAUGAGGCUUAUAGUCCAAAGGACAAUUAAGCUGUCGCAUGCAGGUAUUUUUCAAAGCCUGCAACAGACUCAGGUUUAUAUUGUGCAAGAAAACAGGAUGAAAUUGAAUGCAAUAAGUAUCAAUGGAAGAAGUUGAUUUCAUGUAGGUAAACUACAAGACAAUUUUUAAAAGUUUUUUACAUCAUUAGAACAGUGACCGUAGGUAAAAGCAAGUUGCCACAACUUAAUAAAUCUGAAUUUUUGCAUUUCACUCUUCUUUGCCAGUGGAGAAUUGCCCCCUGAAAAAUCAAGCGUCCCACGUCCAACCGUUCACUUUUUUUUCUUUGGUCGCUUGCAGUAGAAGAAGGUAUUAAUCUUUUAUGCCUUUCUUUGCAUUAGGAAUGGUGGAUUAAAACGUGGUGACCAGUUGCUGUCUGUCAAUGGAGUGGUAAGUACUUUGACCACCAAAGAUGAUGAACAAUAUGUAAAAACUUCACAAUGAACUUGUUUAUAGCCUUCCAACCUAAUUCUUCUUUCACUAAAACUUAUACUUUCCUGGUUUUGUAUUUUAGAGUGUUGAGGGAGAAAAUCAUGAGAAAGCUGUUGAUCUUUUGAAAGCUGCUGAAGGUGUGGAAACUAUGAGUUUACAAAUAAUCACAAUUUUUUGAUCUUAAAAAAGCCUGUUUUCUGAUGUAUUUGUUAUGUGUUUAUUUGUUAGUGGUGUUAAAUGUACCUUAAUAUGUCAUGAUCUAUUAAAUAUUCUUAAUAAUAAAUACAAGGAGGGGGAGGGAGAGGGAAAACAUAUGUUCCUAGUCUGACUUUCAAUUAUGAUUGUUUUGGAUUUUGAGGAGUAGACCAUGUCCCUGUCUUUAUGUUGUUUGUUGCCUUUUCCUCUAGUUUUAUGUCAUUGUUUCAAGACCAUGUCGCUUGUUACAAUUUUGCCCUAACAGGGCCCAGGGUGCAAAGAAAGUCAGUUUUCCAGCUUGUCAUUCGGGCAAGCUCUAGCUGGCAGGUACAAGCCCAAAAUUCAUUUCAGCUAGCCCCAAAAACUUGUUGAUAAGCAGCAUUGAUAACACAGUUCUUAUGUAAUUUGAAUUCCUAAAAAAACUUCGCUUGCCCAUCGGGCAAGUUAAUAACAGAAUUCACGAACCCACUAGCCCCGGGCUAUCGGACACUACUUUCUUUGCACAUUGAGGGCCUCAUAAUAAGAUGAUUUAUGCUAAUUUAUAUAACUAUUUUUAAAUUUCUUUAGGGAGUGUUCGUUUGGUUGUCAAGUUUACUCCAAAGUGUAAGUAAAUAAUAAUAAAACUACAGUAAUAAUUAUUUAAUUCUGCUAAAUUACUCUUAAGUUCUGUACCUUCUUUCUUCCUUAUUUCAUUUAAUUUUCCAAAUAUUUUUUUUUAUUUUUCUCAUAGUGGACUUUCCAAAUAUGAUUAACUCUGCUAACUCGCCAACUUCUUGUGUUGUUUUGUUAACGAGGAAUUGAUCAAAAAGAAAAAGUAAUGCUUCCACUUUUAUGAAGUAGCUACUGCAGCUGCAGUUAUUUUUUUUGGCUCCCAGUUAUGAGGUCAUUCUUUAUACAUUUAGCUAGGCAAAAUAAAAAAGACAUGCUGAAAGCAACGUAAGUUUCAACAGUUACUACCCUGUAUUAUCCACAGUGCUAGAAGAAAUGGAGGCCAGAUUUGACAGACAACGAGGAUCUCGAAGGCGCUGGUGGGUGAAAAAAAAAUAA